AUGGCCAGGAAAAGCCAAAGGCGAAGAAGAUGGAAAAUAACCCACUCCCAGAGAGCUGAGCUUCAAUUUCCUGUUAGCCGUGUAGAUCGUUUCCUUGGAGAGGGAAUCUAUUCUAGACGCCUGAGCUCUUCUGCACUUGUAUUCCUUGUGGGUGUGCUCGAGUACUUAACACCCAACAUCCUUGGACUGGCUGGUGAGGUAACCCACACCAGUGGCAUGAAGCGCAUAGCUCCUGAGCAUGUGUGUCAGGUGGUACAGAACAAGGAACAGCUCCACCAACUCUUCAAACAAGGUGGCACAUCAGUGUUUGAGCCACCAGAACCUGAAGACAACUGA